GUAUUGAUAAAUAUGAACGAAAUUCAUAAAUGUAUUCGUUAAAGUUUAGCUCCAUUAAAAAUGCACUCCUACAUUUUUUUGUAACAGCCCAAUUUUGCUAGACAAGAAAUUCUGUUCAAUAUUAAACCAAUGUUAAAAGUUAAAUGACAACUAUAUAAAGUAAUGAAGUUAAAAUUUAUACAUUUUAUGGACAGCGAAAAGAGUUGAAGCAAAUCACAUUUUCAAACUGUUUUGUAUUAAAAUUAAGGUUCACCAAUUACAACUUGUGGAACGAAGUCAGCGAUUUAAAGGAGUUAGGUUACUAAAUGCAGAUUUGAUGAAUCCUCGUCACCGUAGCAACUACCAAUUACAAAACCUAUGUUCUAGCCCUCAUCCUUUGUUUACAUCUGUCAGUUCAAAUGGCUGGCUUUUUGAUAUCAGUCAUCGGUGAAAUAGAGUCGGCAGAUUUUCCUGGAUAUGAUAACAUAUACUGUAAAUAUUGUUUUACUUGCGGGACUGACUGGGAUAUAACGUCGGGGCUUGAAGAGGGUAUAUCACAAGUUGCAAAAAGAAGUGACAAUGGAGAUGAGCUUUUUAUUUGGAAUUUUCCAAUCGAAAUUUCAUUUAAAGGAACUAAUCCUCAUGGAUGGCCCCAGUUGAUACUGAGCGUAUUUGGACUUGACGUUUUUGGAAACGAUGUUGUACGCGGUUAUGGGGUUUGCCAUGUACCUAUGACAGCUGGAAAAUGGAAGAAAAGUAUUCCCAUGUUUGUACCAGAAUCCAGUUCAUUUCUUCAGAAGAUAACUUCUUGGCUAACUGGAAGAAGACCUGAGUUCAUUGAUCUUCGAGUAUUAGCUCAAGGAGAAGGAAGAGAAGUGACACAAGUAAGAAGCCAGGGGAAAGUUUAUAUCAAUUUUAAUGUAAUGACUAAAGAUUUCGUUUCUCAAGGCCUUGAUAAUUCACAGCAUUCCAAUCAAAUGAUUCAAGACUUAAGUCAACUGUAUAAUUCUUUAACUUUAUAUUGAGAUGUUUAUACACUAAUAACACUA